AUGUCUUCCGCGACGCACGUUGUUGACACUGCCAAAUCCCACGCCGAGUCAGCGUACAACACCGCGUCCGACAAGUCGGCGGCCGCCACCGGUUCGCUCAGAUCUGCCGCGGGGUCGGCGGUCAAGGUUGAGACUGAUUACCUUCACCACCCCUAUGUGCGCGCCGCGCUGCCUUUUAUCAAUGGCGGCUUGGCUGGCAUGACGGCGACCACCGUCAUUCAGCCCGUGGAUAUGAUCAAGGUCCGCCUCCAGCUUGCCGGAGAGGGCGUCAAGGAUGCAGCCCGCCCGACUCCCUUUACCGUGGCCCGGGACAUUGUCUCCCGCGGCAAGGUGUUGGAUUUGUAUACGGGACUGAGCGCAGGCUUGCUCCGGCAGGCCGUUUACACGACGGCACGUUUGGGCUUUUUCGAUACCAUGAUGAAGUCAUUGGCGAUCGAGGCGGAGAAGAAGGGCCGCAACGUCACUUUCUUUGAGCGUGCAGGUGCCGGCCUCUGCGCGGGAGGUCUGGCUGCCAUGGUUGGCAACCCGGCUGACCUGGCCUUGAUCCGCAUGCAGAGUGACGGUCUCAAGCCUGCUGCUCAGCGGGCACACUAUACCGGUGUUAUCGAUGCCCUGGGUCGCAUCAUGCGCAACGAAGGUGUCUUUGCCCUGUGGGCCGGUGCCAUGCCAACGGUUGUGAGAGCCAUGUCGCUCAACUUUGGUCAACUCGCCUUCUUCUCCGAGGCCAAGACGCAGCUCAAGACACACACGGAUCUGUCGGUGCGAACCCAGACGCUGACCGCCUCGGCCAUUGCUGGCUUCUUCGCUUCUUUUUUCAGCUUGCCCUUUGACUUUGUCAAGACUCGUCUGCAGAAGCAGCAAAAGGGCCCCGAUGGUUCGGUGCCUUACCGUGGCAUGCUUGACUGUUUCCGCAAGGUGGCCAAGGAUGAGGGUCUGCUGAGAUUCUACCGUGGUUUCGGAACAUAUUAUGUUCGGAUUGCCCCUCAUGCGAUGGUCACUUUGAUUGUUGCCGACUACUUGGGCUUCAUCACCAAGUAA